AUGGAUAAGAAGAAGGUCGCAGUUCCACUGUGCCAGCAAGGAUCCACCCCGAUGCUGAGAAAUGGCGAGACUGGAGAUUGGAUUGGAACCUUUGAAGGUCAUAAAGGUGCUGUGUGGAGUUGUUGCCUGGAUAGAAAUGCUUUGCGCGCUGCAUCUGGGUCUGCUGAUUUCUCUGCAAAAUUAUGGGAUGCAUUAACCGGGGAUGAAUUGCACUCGUUUGAACACAAGCACAUUGUUCGGGCGUGUGCCUUUUCGGAGGUAGAGUUGCAUACAAGCAAGCAAAGCCAAGCCAAGUAUGAUUUUGAGCACAAUUUUCAGCAGCUCUGUAAUGAAUUUCCGAAUGAGAUAAAGAGGUGGUCGAGUGUCGCCUCGCUUUAUGUACAGGAUACACACCUUCUACUCACUGGUGGUGUUGAGAAAAUACUUCGCAUAUUUGAUUUAAAUCGUCCAGAUGCACCUCCAAGAGAAGUUGAUAACUCUCCCGGUUCAGUUAGAACUGUUCAUGGAUUCACAGCGACCAGACCAUAUUAA